AUCAAAGAAAGCUCCAUUCUUCCGGAAACGACAGGGUAUCCUUCGUUUUUCAAUUUCUUAGCUCGCACGCUCGAACUAUUUGAUAUCCGAUCGGACAGAGGAAAAAAAGCAAUUCAUCGGCGAAGGGAGAAGAGUUAUUGUAAAUCGAGGAAGAAAAUGAAGAUCGACGUGAAUGCGAUGGCUCGUAGAGUAGAAGUUGAUAAUCGAAUUCCUCUCCGUUAUUAUUAUCGAAUCGCCGAUAGUCUCCUCAAACAGGCAGAAAUUUAUAGAGGGGAAAAAAAUAUAGUGGAUUUGUACAUAAUUCUACUUAGAUAUUCAAGUUUGGUGUCAGAAACAAUACCAUACCAUCGAGAUUACCAGGUUUUGCUUCCGAAAGAAAAGGCUGUGUAUAGGAAGAGACUUUUAGCUGUACUUGACGAGCUUGAAACUUUGAAACCAGAGGUUCAAAGGAGAAUUGAAGAACUAAACAAAAGUCGAACAGGGGCAAGAUUGGUCAACCUUGAUGACCAGGAAGGCUCUUUCUGUGGCUCAGAUAUGAUGUCUUCUUUGGAUUGGAACCCGGUAAAUAAAGGGUCUAAUAUGAGCUUGGAUAUUAAGCAGCCUGCCAGAGUGGCAGUUCAAUCUUCCUGGAAGUAUAACAAUAAUCAUAAUCAGAUUGACAGGCAAUUCCAGAAGUUGUCUCUUAAUAUACCUCAUCCCAAUAAAGAAACUCUAUCUAGACACUCAUUUCUAGGCCCUAACGGCCUUCGUCGCCAGUGGCUUGGACCAAAUGCAGAGAUAAAGGUUCAAUAUCCAAGCCAUAAGGACUUGGAACCUGCUGAAAAUUCAGGCCUGAAUCAGGCUGGACAGCAUGAAUCUUCGGUUGUAAAAGAUGGCGAACCAGGAGGGGUUGUCUCUGCUAUGGACUCGGUUCUCACGUUGGAUGAUGGUCGAUGGUUACAUCCUACUGAAGAGUCACGUCCUUUGACUAUUGAAGCAAUAGAGGAUCCUUUCAAGUUUGUUGGUAUGAAACAACCUUCUCCUCCUCCUGUGCUUGCUCAAGUACAGCCGGAAUUUACACCAAUUCAUCCAUCAAAAGUUGCUGACCCAAGACCUGGUCCUGCAAAGUCUUCUCAAGAUGGAUUGCCAAACUCUAACUCAUAUCAACAUCUACAUGUUCCAGUACAAAUGAUGGAGGAUUUCUUGCGAUUGGCUCGGGCAAAUACAGAAAAGAAUUUGGAAACAUGUGGUGUUUUAGCUGGAUCAUUGAAAAACAGGGUUUUCCACAUUACCACUCUUAUAAUUCCAAAGCAGGAGUCAACUUCAGAUUCGUGUUCAACAUUAAAUGAAGAAGAGAUUUUUGAAGUUCAAGAUAAAUUCUCUCUUUUUCCUCUGGGAUGGAUUCAUACACACCCAACUCAGACUUGUUUCAUGUCAUCAGUUGAUCUUCAUACACAUUACUCAUAUCAGAUUAUGCUACAAGAAGCAAUUGCAAUUGUUAUGGCCCCAACUGACACGACCAGCCCGCAUGGUAUCUUUCAUCUGUCUGAUCCAGGGGGUGUGUCCAUUAUUCGUAAUUGUCAGCAACGAGGAUUCCAUCCCCAUGAGGAGCCUUCAGAUGGAACACCAAUCUAUGAGCAUUGCUCUCAUGUUUUUAUGAAUCCCAAGAUAAAGUUUGAUGUUGUUGAUCUCCGGUGAGGUACGAUUAUGAAAUGUCAACUCACCCAUGUUGAAGUACCACCGGUAAAUUUAUCUGUGAAAGGAAUCAGGUUUGCAUACUAAAUUACUAUCUUGUAAAUUCAACUGAAGAGAAUCAUCUUGCAAAUAGAGGAUGUUCAUUUUUUCUUCAAUCAUAUUGUAAGAAUUACCUUUC